GCGACGCCGUGUGAAAAACUAAUUACUUUCGAAUCAGUGCGAUUUACAAAUCCGGCAUCAGCUAGAAGCUACAAUUUGAUAUUGUUGGACUAUUAUAAAUUACCUACAGUUUCUAACCAAAGACUUUCAGGGGAAAGCAACAAGUGUGUUUUCAUAGAAAGCUUUCCGUUUUCAAAAAUCCCUCUGCGAGUAGCUAUUGAAUAACUACGAACUGAAUUCAAUCAAGAAGGUCCGUUUUUCUGUAGUUGAAUCUUCCGCAGAAAUGGAUCAUGAUGACGAUGAUGGUGUCGGCUACAUCAGAGAAAGUCACUACUUGAAAACUCCCAUGUCAGAACGUCAGCAAGCAAUAGCUCUUCUCCAGGUGCCCAGGGAUAUAACUAGAGAGGGGAGUAUAUCGUCCAAUGUCAGCGAUUUGGAUAUCCCCAUUUAUUCUUCGGAGAAUCUGACAACUAGUCCAAAAAGAGUACCUGAGUGGGGAUUCAAUGGCAGGCUUGCCUUCGCGAUUGCAGCCUCAGCAUUGGGUUCAUCGUUUCAACAUGGGUACAACACAGGAGUCCUCAAUAAUCCAAAAACGGUUUUGGUGGAUUGGAUCAAUGAGACUGCCAUGAACAGAACAGGAGAAUAUCCAAACAAAGAUAGUGUAACUCUGAUUUUUUCGUUGAUGACUUCUGUACUUUGCAUCGGAGGAAUGAUUGGAGGAGCAACAACAGGUUUCGUAGCUGAAAGAUUUGGUCGUAAGGGAGGCCUGCUUCUCAACAACAUUCUUGUAGUGUUAGCUGUGAUUUGUGAAACAACAUCAAAAACUGCAUCAUCCUACGAGCUGAUCAUCUUAGGCAGAUUUAUUAUCGGUGUCAAUUCUGGCUUGAAUGCUGGACUUGCGCCAAUGUACUUGGCAGAAGUGUCUCCGAUUAAUCUGAGAGGGGCUGUGGGGACGGUAUACCAACUGGUCAUCACCAUAUCCAUAUUGAUAUCGCAGGUUCUUGGACUUUCCAGUAUUCUUGGAACCGAUACGUUAUGGCCUACUUUACUUGCCAUGACUAUUGUUCCCGCUAUUUUCCAAGUGAUAACUCUACCAUUCUGCCCGGAAUCACCUAAGUAUCUGCUUCUGUCGAAGGGAAAUGAAUCACAAGCUCGAAGUGCAUUAUCAUGGCUCCGAGGAAGUUUUGACGUUCACGAAGAAAUGGACAUGAUGAAGGCUGAAUGUGAUGCUGCAAAGCUGGUACCAAAAGUAACAGUCCGGGAACUGGUGACAAAUAGUGCUUUGAGGAUCCCGUUGAGUAUUGCUUUAACCGUCAUGGUCGCUCAGCAGUUUUCAGGAAUCAAUGCAGUUAUGUUUUUCUCAAGUGAAAUCUUCGAAAUGGCUGGUUUACACGGCGACAAUCCAAAGUACGCUACUUUAGCUAUGGGCGGUAUUAACGUUCUGAUGACCAUUGUUUCAUUAUUCCUUGUCGAAAAAGCUGGAAGAAAAACUCUUCUUCUCGUUGGUUUUGCUGGUAUGGUAGUGGAUACUUUAUUGCUGACUGUCGGAAUGGUCUUUGGGAAAACAAGUCCAGCUGCUGGUAUCUUCUGCGUCAUCUUCGUUCUGAUCUACGUUGUAAUGUUUGCUACUGGUCCUGGAUCUAUCCCAUGGUUUUUGGUUUCGGAGUUAUUCAACCAAUCUGCUCGUCCAACAGCUAGUUCUUUAGCAGUUUGCAUAAACUGGACUGCCAACUUUUUGGUCGGAUUGGCAUUUUUACCACUUGCGGAUCUCAUGGGGUCAUACGUCUUUCUCAUUUUCGUCGUCUUACAAGUACUUUUCCUAAUCUUCAUCUACAAAAAGGUUCCAGAAACCAAAAAUAAAUCCCUGGAGGAGAUUUCUGCGAUGUUCAGGCAACAAUCCUAUAAAUAAGUUCAGAGGUGAACAGGCAGUAUUUGAAAAAUCUCACCUCAGAGCGGCUCUCUUCUGAAUGGUAUUGUGUAUAUAUGUGUUUAAAAUGUUGACUGAUAGAUGUAUAAAAAAAGUAGGUUGCCGUAGAGCAUGUGCUGAGGUGCAAAGCAGCUAUAGUCUGUUUGAAUAGAGGCAGAGAAAUGGCAGCCAUAUACGAGUAUUUGUGGCGGG